AUGAGUGUCUACCCCAGAAAUGCCUCAUUAAUACAUUUAGAUAACAUUUCUUUAAGUUCUGUAAAUGCUUCUAAUGAAAGCCAGGAUGAAACGAGACUUAUCCAGGCUGCACUAAUGUCUUGUAUGAUUUGCAUCAGUGGCACAGGGAAUGCACUUGUUAUACUGGGCUUCAUUGUAAACAAAAAUCUAAGAACUCCGAGCAAUUACUUUCUUCUAAAUCUUGCCAUCGGGGACUUCUUUACAGGUACAUUCUCUCUCCCGCUGAAUUUGCACAGUUUUAUUACCAGAGGAAGCUGGGUGCUUGGAAAACAUGUUUGCAAACUGUGGCUUACAAUUGACUAUACGCUGUGCCAGUGUACCAUUUAUAAUAUUGUAUUAAUCAGCUGUGAUCGUUUCCUGGCUGUUACCAAAGCAGUGAAACACAGAGAUCAGCAGAAGAAUGUAAAACUGGCCUUUAUGAAGAUGGCAGCUGUGUGGAUUGUAGCUUUCCUCAACUUUGGCCCUGCAAUUAUUUUGUGGGAGUACAUUGUGGGAUACAGUAUAAUACCAGAUGGUGCAUGUACCACUGAAAUGUAUUAUAGCACUAACUAUCAGCUCUUUGUUUUUAUUUUUGACUUCUGUACCCCAAUGGCUGCUAUAGCAUAUUUUAAUCUCAGCAUAUCUUUUAAAAUAAGGUCUCGCAUGAAAAACAAGAAUCAAAACAGUUCUGUUAUUGUGAAAAAUCUUAUAAAGGAUGACAUUUUCUCUGUAGAUUCUACUAUUACCUCAAACCAUGUAGGUGCACUGAAAGAAAAUAGCACCAAAGAUCCAUCAAAUAAAAUGCAUAUCACUAGGCAUGUUUUUUCAAGAUGUAAAUCCAACUCUGGUCAGUGUAGAGAAAAUAAAGCUGAAGUACCCACAGCAUGUGUAAGAAUCAUCUCAUAUGAUCCAGUCAAAAAUGCAGCAUUAUCCAAGGAUAUAAAAAUAGCCAAAUCAUUAGCGGUUCUUGUAGUCACAUUCUGCAUAUGUUGGGCUCCAUAUACUUUAAUCACAGUUAUUAGGGAAUGGUUUUGCUCAUGGUGUAUAUCAGAAAUACUGUAUAAUGUCACGUAUUGUCUUUGCUACCUCAACUCGGUAAUUAACCCAUUUCUAUAUCCACUCUGCCAUCCUGCAUUUAAGAAAACAUUGCUGCAACUUCUCUGCAUUGACAAAUCAUCAAUAAAGUGA